GUCCUGCCGAGGAUAUGCAUCCUGCCAGCGUUUACUGCCUACGGUUUGCAGUGUGAUCUGUUCAUGAACAGCUGUCAGUGCCGUGCCACUGGACAACAGGAACCACAAUGAAGAGAUGGUGACUCGCUGCAUCAUCGAGGUCCUCUCAAGUGCUCUGUCCAAGUCCAACGCACCACCUAUCACCCCCGAGUGCCGACAAGUCCUGAAGAACAGUGGGAGAGAGGCCAAAGAUGAAGAGAAAAGUGGCAAUGAAAACACCAAGUUUGAAGUCAGAUUGCUAAGAGACCCAGGGGCUGCUUCGGAAGGCCAGAGGCCGUCGAGCAGGGCAGAGGUGGCAGCACAAGGAGAAGAAGACGCACGGGGCUCUGCCAAGGGGGAGAACCGGGCCCCAGGCGGCGGGCGCGGCCAGGAGGGCACCGUGGCCCCUCGGAGCAGCCCCCGGGCUGCCAAAGAAGCGCAGACGCGCCCAUCUGAGGAGACCGUGAGAACAGGCAGUGAGGAAGAAGAGGGAGAGAAUAACUCGAAGGAGAGGCACGGGGAAGAUGCCACCGACGGGAGGCAGCUUACAGAGCUAGGAGAGACACCAAAGGUCCUUCCCGACAAGCGAAGCCAGGCGGCGGCCCAGGCAAAAGCGGCCUUAGCGGCCAGGUGGGACGGCCACUCCGAGGAGGAGACACACAGCAGGGAGAAGAGCAGCCGGGAGAGCAGCGAGGAGAUGGGGAGCCGUGAGGAACGCCCCCCUGAGCCCACAAGCCAAUCCCAGAGUCAGGAAGAAUCCGAGGAGAGCCGGGAGGACGCCGCGGUGGAGGUGGCCAAACGGCGCACCAGGCCCCGACACCACCACGGGAGGAGCAGGCCUGACAGGGCCCAGGACGGGACUCUGGGCUCGCAGGAAGGAGGGCAGUCGCACCCAGGGAUGGAGGCGGCCAGUGCGGGCACGGCAGGUGCAGGGGGAAGAGCGAUCCAGCAUGCAGCACACCCCAGGGCUUCCCAAGAGGAGCCCGACUAUGGGGCCGAAGGGAAGAGUUCUGCAGGUGUCCGGGCUCCUGCCUACGGGGGCAGAGGGAGUGAGGCGUACAGGGCUCCGGGGCCCCAGAGUGUGGAGAGCAGAGAGGAAGGAGAGAAGCCCAGCCCGGAGCUUGACAACAUGGCGCACAGAGAUGACGAAGGGCGCGAGGUGGAGAGGAGCCGAGAGCAGGGCAAGGGGCCCCGUAGCAGGGGCCAGGGAGGAGAGCCAGCUGCCCGUUUCUCCCUGACCACCAGAGGCGAGCAAGGGUCCGUGGGUGAUGGACACCGGCGUGUCCAGGAAAGCCAGAUGGACGAGGCAAGCCGGUUACUGCCAGGGGAGUGGAAAGCGCCAGAGAGGAGGUACCUCAGCUACGGAGAUGAAGGAGCCCGGGGCAGGUGGCCGUGGCAGGAGGACCUGCAAGCCCCAGAGGAAGUGAUGCUGCAAGACAGAUUGGGCCCCUAUCCCAGCAAGGAAAGGAGGAAGAGAUUAGGGGGGCUCUUCAACCCUUAUUUCGACCCUCUCCAGUGGAAGGAUGGCCGCUUUGAGAAAAAAGACAGCCUGGAUGACAACUUUCUUGACGGGGAAGAGGAAAACGGGAUGGCCUUGAAUGAGAGGGCCUUCUUCCCGGAGUACAGCUACGACUGGUGGGAGAGGAAGCCCUUCUCCGAGGACGUGAACUGGGGCUACGAGAAGAGGAGCUCCGCCAGGGCCCCCAAGCUGAAUUUGAAAAGGCAGUACGACAGGGUGGCCGAGCUGGACCGGCUGCUCCACUACCGGAAGAAGGCGGCUGAGUUUCCCGACUUCUACGACUCCGAGGAACAGAUGAGCCCGCGCCACGAGGCAGAGCGUGAAAGGGCCGGGGAAGACGAGGCGGUUCUGACCGAGGAUGAGGAAAAAGAACUUGAAAACUUGGCUGCGAUGGAUUUGGAACUACAGAAAAUAGCUGAGAAGUUCAGCCAAAGGGGCUGAGUUUCAGAGGAGUGGGGGACUAAGACGCAGCCCCACUUUGCUCCACUUCACCGGAAGACACACUCCUUUACCCAAAGGCAGAAAGUAGAAUUUACUAGUCAUUAAGUGUCUGACACGAUUGAAGAUGCCUUUAGUUUUUGCCAGAAUGCUAUCGAGGAUUUGAAUAGCAUGACUUGUAGCAUAUUUUUUUCUUGCAAAAUAGACGUAUUAAAAUGCUUGUGACAACGACUGCUAUUUUCUUUGACAACAUGUCUCAGUUUGAAAUAAUAAAAGAUUCACUCAAGA